UCAGUUCUCUCACUUUGGGUUUCACACUCAUCCGUUCAUCCGCAAGCGCAAUCCUUCCCUCCAUCGCUACCUUUUUUCUCCCGUAGCGGCACCAAAUCGAUUCUUCCUCUUCUGCUUCUGUUGGAGGGCGAGUCCGCGUGUACAAAAGAGAAAAUGGCAAUGUCGUUGGGAUGUUGUUGGUCGAGCUUUGUUGGGGCCAAGUCCUCUUCCACUCUCCGCCUCGCUGCUCUUCCUCCUCCUCCUCCCCCUGCUACCCUCUGCAUGGUGCGUCUUGUUACCUCCGCUGAUGCUUCAUCGAAGCCUGCUUCUUCCACGACGGGGAAUAGACAGCCUAGGGGCAUCACCAAGCCCAAGCCCAUUUCUCCUGCAAUGCAAGAGCUUCUCGGCGUCCCUGAGAUACCUCGCACCCAAGCUCUCAAGCAGAUUUGGGCUUACAUCAAGAAGCACAACCUCCAGGAUCCGGAGAACAAGAAGGUGAUAGUAUGUGAUGAGAAGCUGAAGAACAUAUUUGGAGGGAGGGAGCGUGUUGGGUUUCUUGAGAUCUCUGGAUUGAUCACUCCUCACUUCAUCAAGUGAGAUUUGAUUUGUCAAUCUGGAAAUGGAAAAAAGAAGGUGAAAGUCAUCUUCACUGGGAGAAGGGAGUCAGGAACAGGAAACUGGUUUUUGUACAUUUGAAGUAUGUGUUUAGUUGAUCAUAUGCUCAGAAACAUGUGCCUAGUAACACUAGGUCUUUAGGAAGUAGAAGAGUUGAGUGUCAAUGAGUUGUAAGUAUUGCUAAUCUCAAACUUGCAUACAAGGCUUGGUAAUAUGUUGAGGUUUAUUCUUCAUCCUUUUUAGGAACAAACAUGGAAUACAACAUGCUUUGUCAUUGUGAAUUAUCUGUUCAAAAUCUCAAGCUUUGGAGGAAUCAGGUAUCCAUACUUUUAUGUUUACUGGGAAGAGAUUAUAAUGUAUUUGUUGUGCUUAAUAUUAGUGCUUUUCACUG